GGCUACUCCGCAGCAAGUGGACCGACCCGGGGAGACUGUUACCGCAACACAGACACUCACACCCAGAACAGAACGGUUGUUGAUGAGCGCGCAGAGAUGCACGCCUCACUGGUAGCGCUCCUUUGCGUCCUGGCUGCUGCCGUUGGCCAGGAGCCUGACCACAGCUAUGGCUGUGCCCAAGGCAGCUGUUACCCGGCAACGGGGGACUUGCUGGUUGGACGAGAGAAGAAACUGAAGGCCUCGUCCACAUGCGGGAUGAGGAAAAAACAGCCCUACUGCAUUGUCAGUCAUCUGCAGGAUGAGAAGAAGUGUUUCGACUGUGACUCUAGACGACCAUACGACCCAGUGUACAACACCAUCAAUCACCGGAUAGAGAACGUUAUCACCACCUUCAAACCCCACCGCAAGAAGUCCUGGUGGCAGUCAGAGAAUGGAAAGUCGGAUGUCUUUAUCCAGCUGGAUCUGGAAGCAGAGUUUCAUUUCACUCACCUGAUUAUGACCUUCAAGACCUUCCGUCCGGCGGCCAUGCUGAUCGAACACUCUGCAGAUUUCGGUCGCACCUGGCAGAUCUACCGCUACUUUUCCCAUGACUGCGCUACAACCUUUCCCGGAGUCUCCCAGGGACCAUUGCGUAACAUUAAUGAUGUCAUCUGUGAGUCGCGUUACUCUGACAUUGAACCGUCAACGGAGGGAGAGAUCAUCUACAGAGUGUUGGAGCCAGCUAUCAGGAUUGAGGAUCCAUACAGCCCGAGCAUCCAGAACCAGCUGAAGAUCACCAACUUGAGAGUGAACUUCACCAAGCUUCACACACUGGGAGACAACUUGCUGGACCCCAGAGCUGAAAUCAAAGAGAAGUACUACUACGCCAUGUACGAGCUCGUCGUACGCGGAAACUGCUUCUGCUAUGGCCACGCCGCGGAGUGCGCCCCCAUCGACGGCAUCAGGGACGACAUAGAAGGAAUGGUUCACGGCAGGUGUGUGUGCAACCACAAUACCAAAGGUUUGAACUGCGAGCGGUGUGACGACUUCCACAACGACCUGCCCUGGAGACCAGCCGAGGGACGCAGCACCAACGCCUGCAAGAAGUGCAACUGUAACAGCCAUUCGAGCCAGUGCCACUUUGACAUGGCGGUGUAUUUGGCCAUGGGCAACCUCAGCGGAGGAGUUUGUGACGACUGUGAGCACAACACCAUGGGACGCAACUGUGAGAUGUGCAAACCCUUCUACUACAAAGACCCUAUCAAGGACAUCAGAGACCCACGAGUCUGCAUAGCUUGCGACUGCGACCCGGAUGGCUCUCUGAACGGAGGGAUGUGCGACACCCACACCGACCCCUCCCUCGGCAUGAUGGGAGGUCAGUGCCGCUGCAAAGCCAAUGUGGAGGGGCCGCGCUGUGACAAGUGUAAGACUGGCUUCUUUGGCCUGAGCGCCGACAACCCUCAGGGCUGCCAACCCUGCCGGUGUGACAACAGGGGAACAGUGUCAGGCAGCUCCCAGUGUGACCCAGUCAGCGGAGACUGCUUCUGCAAGCGUCUCGUCACUGGACGCAGCUGUGACCAGUGUUUGCCAGAACACUGGGCUCUGAGCCACGACCUGAACGGCUGCCGAGGCUGCGAGUGUGAUAUCGGAGGAGCCCUGGACAACCACUGCUCCAUGGAGAGCGGUCAGUGUCGCUGCCGCAGUCACAUGACAGGGCGCCAGUGUACGCAGGUGGAGUCCAGAUAUUUCUUCAUGGCUCUGGAUCACUUCCUGCAUGAGGCUGAGUUCGCCAAAAUGGGGCAGGGCUGUACAUUGGAGACCAGGGAGCACCAGCCGGGUCGCCCUGCCACAUGGACGGGCAUCGGAUUCGCUCGGGUACCUGAGGGCGGCACCCUGGAGUUCCUCAUCAGUAACGUCCCCUACUCCAUGGAAUAUGACCUGCUCAUCCGCUAUGAGACACAGAUGCCACGAGACUGGGAGGAGGUGCGAAUAACAGUAAUCCGUCCAGGGCCGAUUCCGACAAGCAGCCCCUGUGGAAACACCAUCCCGGAUGAUGACAGACUCACUGUCUCCCUGCCGGCUGGAGCCAGGUUUGUGGUCCCUCCUAAAGCUGUGUGUCUGGAGAGAGGUGUGACCUACACCCUCCGCUUUGAGUUCAAACGCUAUCAGGACGCCAACAGUAUCCUCAACGGAGCGGCCAACGCUGUCCUCCUUGUUGACUCUAUUGCCUUGAUGCCACGCCAUUCCUCUAUGGACAUGUUCAACGCAGGCGACCCAGCCUCCAACAACAGGAAGCAGACUUAUGAGCGAUACCGCUGCCAUGAGGCGGCGAAGAGUGUAACACGCCCACUGAUGAGUGACACCUGUGCCAAACUAAUCACCAGCAUGUCGGCCAUCGUAAAUGACGGGGCUCUGGCUUGUAAUUGCGAUCCUCAGGGGUCCAUCAGCUCCAUGUGUGACGUCCGCGGGGGCCAAUGUCAGUGCAGGCCCAAUGUGAUUGGUCGACGCUGUGACCAGUGUGCUCCGGGAACUUACGGCUUUGGACCCUCAGGCUGCAUAGCCUGCGGUUGCAGCUUGGAAGGCUCUGUUACCCGACUUUGCGACAAGUUAACCGGUCAGUGCCAGUGCCGUCCAGGAGCGUUUGGUCAGCGCUGCGACGGAUGCCAGGCGGGUCACUGGGGCUUCCCCAGCUGCCGACCCUGCCAGUGUAACGGACACGCAGACCAGUGCGACCAGAGGACCGGAGCCUGCGUCAGCUGCAGGGACAACACAGGAGGAGACAAGUGUGACAGGUGUGCCAAUGGUUACUAUGGUAACCCAAUUUUGGGCAAAGCAUCCAGUGCUCAGUGUCGCCCAUGCCCCUGUCCAGACGGCCCCAACAGCGGACGCCACUUUGCUGCGUCUUGUUACCAGGACAACCGUAACAGACAAAUUAUCUGCAACUGUAACCAGGGCUACACAGGAGCCCGAUGUGAGGAAUGCGCUCCGGGUUAUUAUGGCAACCCCUCUCAGCCUGGAGGGCGCUGUCAGCCGUGCCAGUGCAACAACAACAUAGACAUGUCAGACAUGGAGUCUUGCGACAGGCAGACCGGACAGUGCCGGAAAUGCCUUUACAACACCGAGGGCCCCAGCUGUGGCAUCUGCAAGAGCAGCUAUUUCGGCGACGCUUCCCGACGCAACUGCAGGAAGUGCACAUGUAACUUCCUGGGUACUGACCGUGGCCAGUGCAUGGAGCGUGAGGACUGUGUGUGCCAGCGAGCAACAGGGCAGUGCCAGUGUCUUCCAAACGUCAUAGGUCUGACAUGUGACCACUGCGCCCCCAACCACUGGAACCUGGCCAGCGGGACAGACUGUGAACCCUGCGGCUGUGAUCUCAACAACUCGGUCACCUCCUCAUGUAAUGAGUUUACUGGGCAGUGUCAGUGCCGUGAUGGCUUCGGCGGGAAGACCUGCACCGACUGUCAGGAGAACUACUGGGGAGACCCCAGGACACAGUGCAGAGCUUGCGACUGUGACUGGCGGGGCAUCGAGACCUCUCAGUGCAACAGGUUGACCGGCCACUGUGUUUGCCAGCAGGGGGUGUCAGGUGUCCGCUGUGACCAGUGUGCCAGAGGCUUCUCUGGCCAGUUCCCUAACUGUCAGCCCUGUCACAAGUGCUUCGGGGACUGGGAUCGCAUCGUGCAGGACCUGGCAGUGCGCACCAAGACUCUGGCAGAGCGGGCCCAUGAUAUUCAGACCACUGGGCUUACUGGGGCCUAUGAGAAGGCCUUCAGGGAUCUGGAGGAGAAACUGGCACAAGCUCGGGGAAUUGUCGACGGACGCAACGCCACUGCUGCAGCUGUCGCUACCCUAAUGGAACUUAUUGAAGAGCUUAGAGAGCAGAUCGGUGACACCACUGACACCCUGAACCGUCUGGAAGGAGAACUAACCAACGUCCAGGACAGCAACUCUGAGGCAAGCAAGGAGCUGAGUGCUCUGGAGAGAGAAGCUAAAGAGCUAAACCUCACUUCAGAGCAGCUACACCGCCAACUAGAUAUCCUGAAAAACUCCAACUUCCUAGGUGCGUACGACAGCAUCCGUACCUCCUACAACAAGUCUCGUGAUGCAGAGCGCCGUGCCAAUGAAUCGACAACCACCAGGCCCAGCACUGUCAGCCAGUCUGCAGACACCCGCCGCCGAACCGAGCGCCUCAUCACCGCCAAGAAGGACGACUUCAACCGUAAAAAUGCAGCUAACAAGCGGGCGCUUUCAGACCUCAACACCUGGUCACAGGGACUGGACUUGAAGAAGAUCAAUGAUAAGGUUUGCGGCGCCCCAGGUGAUGCCCCCUGUGGGGAAAGUCCUUGUGGGGGUGCGGGUUGCCGCGACGAUGAAGGGAACCGUCACUGUGGAGGCCUAAACUGUAACGGCGCUGUAGCAGUAGCUGACAACGCCCUGGAGAGAGCCAAACACGCAGAGAAGGAGCUGAACAAAGCCAUGGGAGAGGUAGAGGGACUCUUUACCAAGGUGGCAGAUGCCAAGACCAAGGCAGAGGAGGCCAAGGGUAAAGCCCAAGCAGCUCUGGACAAAGCCACCGCCACCAAGAACAAAGUGGAGCGCUCCAACAAUGACCUGAGAGACCUCAUCAAACAGAUCAGAGACUUCCUCACUCAGGAAGGUGCAGACCCGGACAGCAUCGAGGCAGUGGCAAACCGCGUGUUGGAGCUCUCCAUCCCCGCUUCGCCCCUCCAAAUCAGACAUCUUGCUGAUGAAAUCAAGGAGCGCGUUCGCAGCCUUUCCAACGUGGACGCCAUCUUGCAGCAGACACAGGAAGAUGUCCGCAAGGCAGAGCAGCUGCUGCUGGAUGCCAAGAGGGCAAGGCACAGUGCUGAGGAGGUGAAGAACACAGCAGAGACAGUGAAACAGGCUCUGGUGGGUGCUAAGACUGCACAGACAUCAGCAGAGAAGGCCAUCGCGAGAGCCAAGGUGGACAUUGGGGAGACUGAAGCCCGACUGGCACAGAUUGAGUCGGAAACAUCCAACAGUGAGAAGGACCUGAAUGAGGCCAUGGACCGCCUGGGCACACUGGGACAGGAGAUCACUGCCCUGAAGACCAAACGGGCCAACAACAGCAUGGCAGCAGCCCGAGCCGAAGAGACAGCCACCAUGGCACGAGACAAGGCAAACGAAGCCAAGCAGAUUCUAGACGGCCAGCUGACGGAUAAAUACCAUGAGGUGCAGCAGCGGGUUGACACAAAGGCCAAGGCUGUGCAGGAUGCCAAGAAAAGAGCAGAGAGCCUCAGAGAUGAAGCAAAGGGACUACUGAGAGAUGCCCAGAACAAGCUAAAGAGGCUAGCAGAGCUGGAGAAAAACUAUGAGGAGAACCAGAGGAGGUUGGAGGGGAAAGCUCGUCAGCUGGACGGUUUGGAGGACAAGAUGAAAGCCAUCCUCAGUGACAUCAACAAACAAAUCCAGAUCUACAACACAUGCCAGUAACUCACGACUCCAUGUCCUAAAAAACAGGUGCACCAUAGUCUUGGUCUGGCAUUUUUUCCAGACACAGAAACUGUACGAUAGACUUUUAAGAAACAGUUAAAGAAGACAUGGCUUGGGUGGUGAUUUUCACACCCUGCAAGGCAUUUGCAUAUUUGGUGUGCAAACUGUCUUUAGGUAAGAAUUUGAAAACGGUAUCACAAUUAUAUAUAAGUAUAUAAACAUACCCAUAACUGAUCAUAUCGGAUAUCACAUAUUAUAUUUGGAUUUUAAUUUGUGCACAUUAUUUUUGUUUGGGAUUUUCAAAAUAAUCUGGAAAUGUAUCUGCGUUUAAAUUUGUGUUUUGAACAUGAAAAUUAUAUUUUUGAAUAUGUCAAUAACACUCAGAUUUAGGAGAAAAUAAUGCAUUGCAAACCAUCUGUAGUUUUGCUGAGACUUUGUAAGUCAGUUUUAUAAUCAGCGGGUCGAUAUCAUUUUCUCCCCUUUAUCAAUGAAGUCUCUGUUACUACUGGAUUUAUAUUCGGAGCUGUGCUCAUCGCAAGAGGACUUAAUUUAAACUGCAUUGGACAGUGUCUUCUUUCAGUACGAAACACAUAAAAUCCGAUGUCUGUUUAAAGUUAACUGUUAAUUCUUUUUUGGGUAAAAAAUAAAACUCUUAAUUAAUUAUGGUUAGGCAGUAAUCUUUUUUUUAUAUUUUCAAAUAAGCCAAAACAUUGGAGACAAGGGUAUAGUCACCACUGCUGUAGAUCUUUGUCCCUGUGAAGUUUUAAGGACAUCUAUUUUCAGGAGAAUGGAGAGAUGGACAGAGUUGUUGCAUUCAUGUGGGUUUUAAAUGUAUUUGUACCAAUUGUGGUGCUAGGAAUGUCAUUUUUUGUAUUGUGUCUACCUUUUUACAAAUGACCAUUUUUACCUGAAAAUAAAAUCAACUUCUUGACUUUGCUAAACCAAUAGAUAUAACAAGCCCAGAAGUCACCUCUGCCUGGAGUAAGAGGAUUUCUGUACACCAAUACUAUACAGGAAUAAUGUAAUAAGGAGAGCAGUGUGAAUGGCAUUCCCUCUGGAACCACCCUCAUAACAAACUUCUCUUUUUUUUACACAGCAUAUUGUUUUAGCCCUGGUCCAAGAGUUGCCCCCCUUUCACACACACAUUGUUAACACAGGUUUAACCUGAGCCCAGGGCUAUACUAUUCACACUGCACUUCUACUAGCCUGGGGUAGUCUUAGUUGCUCUCUUGCUGAAAGUAAGAUGAGAGGAUUGAUACAAAACUGUACGAUGAAUAUGACACUACUGCCAGGCAACCAGUGGAGACUACAGCAAGUCUCUACCACUGCCAAAAAAAUAAGUCAUAAUGAUAUUCUCGGCAAGAAAGCAAAUAAGUGUAAGUCCCUAAAUGUUGAACUAGAAUUCAUUUUUAUGGAUGCCAAACUUGUGGUGCACAGCUUUUGAAUGUUUGAAUCAAAUAUGGUUUCAUGGAAUAAGAUGGAUGCCUCACUGUAGGGAUAUAGGACUCUAUACUUUCAGUCUAUCAUAUGUACAGUCUUUAAUCGUGCCUUAUUGUAUGCCAGUGUCUUGGACAUUUAUGAUAUAUACUAUUUGCAUGACAAUUUGUGUUUAAGUAAUUUGUACACAUAUUUCCCUCAGUCCGUCUAUCAACUGACAGCCACGUGGUUUUGAUAAGUAAAUGCCAAAGCAAAAAAUACCAAAAGAAGUUUGUGUAAAGUUUAACAGUGUACAGUUUUGUGAAUAAAGGUUGGAUAACUUAACAUUUCUCUGGGUCGAAGUAGCUUGUUUGACCAUCAUAUUACU